AUCAGUUUCAAUCUACAGAUCAAAGUGCAAACAACACAGUUAAAAAAAAAUACAAAAAAACAAUCAACAACAAAAAUGGCCGUCAAGAUGAUCAUUUUCGCAACCUGCGUGGCCGCCGCACUCGCCGACUACUCCGCCCCAGCUUACCCAGCACACCACGCUUACGCCGCUGAACACUCAGCCCCGACCCCAUACAACUUCGAGUACAGCGUAAGCGACCCACACACUUAUGACGUCAAGAGCCAAUCCGAACACAGCGACGGACACGGAAACGUCAAGGGAUCGUACAGCCUUUUGGAAGCCGACGGUUCCACCCGUGUCGUCGAAUACACCGCCGAUGACUACAGCGGAUUCAACGCUGAAGUCAAGAAAAUCGAAGGACAUAGCAACGGAUACAGCGCACCCGCUUACAAAUCCGCCCCGGCCUAUAAAUCUGCACCUGCUGCAUACGCUGGACACUCUUACGCCGCCCCGGCUGCAUACGCUGGACACUCUUACGCCGCCCCGGCUGCAUACGCUGGACACUCUUACGCCGCCCCAGCUGCAUAUGCUGGACACUCUUACGCUGCCCCAGCUCAUUCUUAUGCCGCCCCGGCUGCAUACGCUGGACACUCCUACGCCGCUCCGGCUGCAUACGCUGGACACUCUUACGCUGCCCCAGCUCACUCUUACGCUGCCCCAGCUCACUCUUACGCCGCCCCAGCUCACUCUUACGCCGCCCCAGCACACUCCUACGCCACCCCAGCUCACUCUUAUGCCGCCCCAGCUCACUCUUACGCCGCCCCAGCUCACUCCUACGCCGCUCCAGCUUACAAGCCAGCUGCGUACAAGGCUUACUAAUAAUUUACUGUCAAUAAUUUUAUUUUUUUUACAUUGAGCUUUAACUUCUAACUGUGGAAAUUAGCUCUUUUGUUGUACCAUCCGAACAUGAUAUUGUCUAAUUUGUUUUAUUGUUAAAAUUAUAAUAAAUUAUAUCAAUACAACUG